AUGGGUCCCCGCCGUCUGCCCGCCUGGCUGUGCGCCGUCGCGGCGCUGCUCUCUGGCGCGCAGGCCAAGGGCACCCCGCUCCUGGCGCGGCCCGCGCCGCCCAGGGCCUCCAGUUACAACCUCUACACGACGGGAUGGCGCCCGCGGCUGCGCCCCGGGCCGCACAAAGCCCUUUGUGCCUACAUGGUGCACAGAAAUGUGACCUGUGUCCUACAGGAAGGAGCAGAGAGCUACAUAAAAGCUGAGUACCGGCAGUGUGGGUGGGGCCCCAAGUGCCCCGGAACAGUCACGUAUCGCACGGUGCUUAGACCCAAAUACAAGAUCGGCUACAAGAUAGUGACAGACAUUGUCUGGCGUUGCUGCCCCGGUCUAACUGGAGAAGGCUGCCCCAAGCACCUCACUGACCAUGGAGCUGCCCUACCACAGCCAGAGCCGGAACCUCAGAUUCCUUUGGGGCAGCUGAGCCCAGGCCCUAGGCCCUCUCUUUAUAGCCGAGUGACCCCCAGUCCAAAUGGAAGGAAAGAACCAGGGCUGUUUGGUGAUCGCUUGGAGCGCCUAGAGGGUGAUGUCCAGCGUCUGGCACAAGCAUACGGUACUCUCAGAGGCACAGUGGCCAGCCAUAAGGACCCCAACAGGAUGAGAGGUGGCCCCAGGGCUCCUGCCACCCCCGUGGGCUUCGGGAUCAUCCCCGAGGGGGUUGUGGGCCCAGGAGACAGAGCUGGAGGACCAUUCACACCUCCCCUGGAUGAGAUGCUGAGCAAGGUGACUGAGGUGAGCAACACGCUGCGGACCAAGAUGCAACUGUUAGACAAGGUGCACGGGCUGGCCCUGGGCCACGAGGCCCACUUGCAGCAGUUGCGGGAGGCUCCACCAUCCCCACUCACUUCCCUGACCCUGCUGGAGGAGUAUGUGGACCGCCGGCUGCACCAGCUCUGGGCUGGCCUGCUGGAUGGCUUCGAGCAGAAACUGCAGGGUAUCCAGAGUGAAUGCGGCCUGUGGGUGCAGGAGGUACGGCAGCAGUGUGAGGAGGGUCAGGCGGCCAGCCGGAGAAUGCACCAGAGUCUGGAUGGCCGGGAGCUGGCCCUGCGCCGGGAGCUGGCCCAGCUGGGCAUCCGGCUGCAGGGCCUGAGUGUGGCUGGCAGGGGCAGCUGCUGUGGCCAGCUGGCCCUCAUCAGUGCCCGCUUGGACAGCCUUGAGAGAAACCUACAGGUGGUCACUGAGGCCCAAAGGGGUCAUGGCUCUCCCUCUGGGGGUGAGCUCACUCAGCUCCCUGUUGCCAUGUUUGAUGGUGGGCUUGAGGGUCUAGAGACCCUCAAUGGGACAGAGAAUGGAGUGAGGAGUUGCUGUCUGGGGGUGGGGCAGAAGGGAUGGGGUGGUUUGGGAGCCACGUUGGAAGAGCGUGUGCAGAGCCUUGAGGAGCGCCUGGUGGCCCUGUCUGGGGAACUGAGUCAUGACAGUGCCCUGCCGGGCAGGCCCACACAGCCACUUGUGCAGACAGAGCUGGCAGUGCUCGAACAACGGCUGGUUUCACUAGAGACCUCCUGCACCCCCAGCACUUCAGCCAGCCUGGACAAGCUUGUGGCCGAGGUGAAGGCCUGGCAGAGCCGCAAUGAGGCCCUCUUGCAUCAGGUGGCCAGCCACUCGGCCCUGCUCAGAGAGCUCAAAGAUACCGUGGCCAAGGUCCAGGGGCAGCUGGCAGGAUCGGCCAGCAGCUCGAUCCAAGGUGAGAUCACCCUGCUCAAGGUCAAUCUGAACUCAGUGAGCAAGUCGCUCACAGGCCUCAGCAACUCUAUCAGCCAGUACUCAGAUGCCUUCAUGGCCGCCAACAUGUCCCUGGACCAGCGGGAACGUAAGGUGGAAACUGAGGUCCAUGCCAUGCAGGAGCAGGUUAGUAGUCAGAGCGCGAGGCUUCGGGCCGGCCACAGGCAGGUCCUGAGCCUGCAGGGGGAGCUGGAGCGACUCAAGGCAGGUGUGGCCAGCGUGGCCGGCGGACUGAGCCGAUGUCAGGACACAGCCCAGGAACUCCAGCAUGCCAUGGGCCACUUUGACCGGAGGGUGGCACAAGUGGAGGGCCAAUGUGGGAGGUUGGGCCUGCUGGCCUCAGGCCUGAACAGCUUGUCCACUGAGCCACUUAAGCCCAGCGAGGGCCUGUGGGGUCAUGUGGACCAGCUGAACCGCACACUGGCUCAGCAUGCUCAGGACAUCGCCCGCCUCCAGAAUGACUUGCUGGACUGCCGGGCCCAGCUGGCUGAGCAGGUGCGGCCAGGGCACACCAACUAG